AUGUCUGCAGAUCAUACUACAGAGGAAGCUCCUCCGGAGGUUCACCAUUACAAUGAUAUCGGAGAAGUUCCUUGGGAUAUCCAGAACUAUUGGGCACAGCGCUAUAAAAUCUUCUCCAAGUAUGAUGAGGGUGUAUGGCUAACAGACGAUGCAUGGUUUGGCGUUACGCCUGAGCCGGUUGCCAACAAGAUAGCUGAGCAUAUUGCCAGCGCUGCUCCCGCGUCUCGCAUGAUUCUGGUUGAUGCGUUUGCUGGCGCCGGCGGUAACACCAUCGCCUUUGCACGAUCAGGUCGCUGGAAACGGGUUUAUGCUAUUGAGAAGAAUCCAGCUGUCUUGCAGUGCGCGAAGCACAAUGCCAAGAUAUAUGGAGUUGAGGAUAAGAUUACCUGGUUCGAGGGGGACAGUCUCCAGAUCGUGAACAACCAACUCAAGGAGCUGGGCCCAUACAGUGUUCUGUUUGCAAGCCCUCCAUGGGGCGGCCCUGGGUAUCGCUCCGACAAAGUAUUCAAUAUGAGCACAAUGGAACCCUAUUCCCUGGAUGCGUUAUACAGCGAAUAUGCUUUGUUUACGGAGCAUAUGGCCCUCUAUCUCCCUCGGACAUCGAACGUGAAGCAGCUCGCAAAACUAGUCAAGGAUGGCGAAAAAGCAACAGUGAUGCAUUAUUGUAUGGAAGGCGCUAGCAAGGCGCUGUGCAUCUAUUACGGCGGUUUCAACCUCCAAUAA